UGUUGAAACGGGGUAAACAGCUCCACGUUGGUCAGCGGGAGAGAUAGACGUUAUAAAACAUGCUUUGGGAUGGAUUAAGGGAAUUAAUGCAGACGCCCACUCCAUGCCAUUUGGAAAGGACACCAACCAGAUGAGGCUUAAAGAGUUACAGCCACACCAACAGCUUUUAAAGAAGUCGGAUUUUUUCUGGAUUGUCUGCAAUUUGUGAUGAGGGAUUAUUCGUUCCGCUUCCACCUCCCAUUCAAAACGUUCCGAUUGGAUGCUGAAUUAAAUUUGCCAUUGCAACAUCAAAGUACGCAGUAAUUUGAUGUCGAAAUGAGUUGAAUUGAGUUUCACCGACACAUUUGAUAUACACUUUUGGUGGUUGAGAUGCUAAAAUCUCAGAGAGGUUUUGAAGACAAUGAGAUGGUUGAAAAGAAGAAGAAACAAAAGGCUGAGCAAAGUGGGGUUUAUUUGGAACCAGUUUAAUCAGGAUAACAUUCACAGUGGAGGAGCUUCAUCAUCCUAAUGUUAUUUUGUGUCUUCUUGAUUCUUUCAUGCAUGUUUGAGAAAUCCUUUUAUCUCCCAUGUCAACCAUUCAACUGUGCAAAAUGCCUGGGUGGACCGAGCAACGCCUUUCAGACGCAGCUGCUCAUCAGAGGGAACAACGCUGCAAUGGGACCAUUCCAAGAAUAUGAGGAAAAGAAGUCACCCGAGAAAGGAAGCCCCCGCAGCCGCAUCCCACGUUUGGUCCUCCAUCCUUUCCGGUUGAAGGACAAAGGCUCACCUCUGUCUGACUCCCUGCUGUCCGAGGAGGAGGGGAAGGACUGCGACAUGAGCUCGGACCACUCCAAGAGGACAAUCAGCACCAACAGCUUUUGCUCCGAUGACACCGGCUGCCCCACUAGUCAGUCUGUGUCCCCCUCCAAAACUCCGCCAGGCUCUGAGCGGAGUGCCCACGCGUCCCCGAUGCUGCCGGAGCGCAAAGCCAAAGCGAAGAGGGUGAGGGUGGUGGCCGACGGCGGCGGGGAGGCCCGCGGCGCGCCCAGGCACAGGAGGGAGAUGGGGUCAGCCCCGAGACCCCGAGUCGUCACUAGACACGUUACGAUGGUGUCGUUUGAUGGGAAGAGAUGUUUAUCAGGCAGCGAAGCAGAUUUCAGUUCCUCCAGCAGCACAGGCAGCCUGAAGACCAAGGAGAUCCUCACAUCGAGUUCAGUUGGGAAGAAAGUUUCUUCGCGCUGCCGUGGCCCUCACAUCAGAACGCUCCCGGUUUUCAAACCAGCCGGGGUUUCGCCUUCGAAGCAUGACGCCGAACUGUACGCCCCCUUCAGGACUCCCCCCAGAGCUGCGUCUUCGACUCUCAGCAGCAGCUGCAACUCCAGUCCCUCUUCUAGAAGAGUCAGCUCGGGCCGCUACCGCUCCUGCGGAGACAACCACGGUGUCAGGCCCCCGAACCCUGAGCAGUACCUGACCCCGCUGCAGCAGAAGGAAGUGGCCAUCAGACAUCUGAAGACCAAGCUGAUGGAGUCGGAGAACAAAGUCCACGACAGAGAGAACGAGAUCCAAGAGCUCAAGUCCCAGCUUUGCAGAAUGAGGGAAGACUGGAUUGAAGAAGAAUGCCACAGAGUGGAGGCUCAGCUGUCCCUCAAAGAGGCCCGCAAAGAGAUCAGGCAGCUGCGUCAGGUGGUGGAGACCAUGAAGAACAGCCUGAUGGAGAAAGACAAGGGAAUACAGAAGUACUUCAUUGAUAUCAAUAUCCAAAACAGGAAGCUGGAGUCCUUGCUGCACAGCAUGGAGCUGGCCCAAAGUGGCUCUGCCCUCCAAGAUGAAGGUGCCUUGGACUUCAUGUGCGACGGUCCUGAAGGGGACGAUAAGAAGCUGAUGGGUGAGGAGGAAGGAGGGCUGGAGAUGGGGAAUCCGGGAGCGGAGGCGAUGGCAGACAGUGGGCUGCUGGUGAACGAUGAGAUGGCCAACAGAGAGGACAUCUUUGGGCAUGUCUUCAUGUCGACUGCAGCGGAUUUCAGCCAGGACUCCAGUUGCAGGCAAGGGCUCCCAAUGGAGACAGGCGGCGGGUGGCCUGUGCCGUCAGAAGACAGACGGUUAGCAAACGAAUCUUCUCCAGCAUCUCCGCAAAAUGCACUUUUGUCCACAGUCACUGUGUCUUCAAACGCACCUUGCCACCAAAACACAGAUGACAAAGAAGUUCAGACCGACUUUCCGUCCAUAUCGGCAGACCUGCAGGCUCUACUACUUCAGCUGCUGAAGCUCCACGGAUCAUCACUAGGGGACACAGCUCCUCCCAGAGGUCCCCUGGAACUCCCAAAGCUACCCACAUCCACGGUGGAUCAAUCCAACACGUCUGCUGAUUCCGGUUGUUCAGACAAUACGAAGAGCAGCCAGUUCAUAGAGGAGCUGGACUUCACCGCCCAGGAAGACCAAUCUCUCGAAUCAACGAGACAAGAACUGGUGGACAAGCGUUACUGGAGCAACAGCUUCCUGGUUGACCUGGUGGCGGUGGCAGCCCCCGUGCUGCCCACUGUUGCCUGGCUGUACGCGAGGCACGGUGUGGACGGAAACCCUCCGGUCUACAACAUUGGGGCCCUGAUAAGAGGCUGUUGCAUCAUGGGAUUGCACUCGCUGCGCCGCGUCGCCCGUAGACCAGACGCGUAAUCGCUGUAAACAUGCAUGCUCACGCCUAACUUUGAACUAGAAGCACUUUGCAAAAGAGUAUCAUGGGAACGUCUAUUUUUUGUUGUUCAACACUUGAUGAGAUUAUUGCAGCUGCUUUGGUUUCAGCACUGGUAUUUUUGCAUUGUAUAGUCACCAUAAAUGGAAGCUUGAUGGUGACCAAAUAGUAUUUAUUCUUUAUUUAUAUAUUUAUUUACAUUUAAUAAGCAUAUCAUCUGAGUAGAUGGUUAUGUCCUGUGAUAUCUUUUAGUUUUUUGUUUUGUUUGUUUUUUUUAUUUAAGACUUCAAGGAAAUGGAAGUGGAUGCUAAUUUGUAAUGUUUUGUGUUGCUGUUCAUAAAGAAACCUUAAACCUUCAGCCAAAGCUUUAAUGUGAGUUCACCGUUUUUUCUGUGAAGUCCCCUCACUUGACCCGUUCCCUUUCGGAGUGGAGCUUUACACUGUACAGCUUGUGUAUUGUUCAUACAAGGCUUGUUCUGUGCCUGAGCAAAGUGCAACAUUGUCGGCCCACAUCAAAUGUCAUUGUAACUUUAUUAAUAAAGCAUGAUAAUUCUGA